UAUAUAAAAGCGCAUUCAGCUGUUUUGCCAGAAUGGUCAAUAAAACAUUACAUUGGUUGUUAUUUGUUUCGUUACUGCUGCGGUUAUAUCACUGAUGAGAUUGUGGAGUCUGACUGAAUGCGGAAGUAUUUCUGUUUUCUUUUGCUUGUCGCAUAACUUGUCUCCAUUAUGAAGUGCAGAAGUGAAAGAGCAAUGUUGUCAGCUUCAAGUUGCACGUUUUAUUUAUAUUUCCCCUCUGAAUCAGCCCGCCAUGCAGAGAUGCAGGUUGGACGUAUCUGCACAUGUGUUAUGAUUCAGAUCGACACACGGCACUCAAGGUCAGAAAGCAGAUGUGAAGGGCCGGGCAGCUAAAAAAGAUGCUUGUUCUUCUGGACCUGAGAGAAGCUCUGAGUCUUCCCACACUAUGCAAAAACGUGCUCAGAAGGAGGCCAAACCUGCUCAUAGUGACCGUCAUUCACCCCAGCAGCAUCUGAUGAAGACGGCGUCUGCUGAAGAUGAAAAGAGUGAUGUGGACCUGUACAGAGGAGAAGAGGAAAUCCAAAAAGAGCUGCAGGACAAGCAACAGUCAGAGUCAGCGGCUGUAAGUGAGUCCCAGAGCAGUGUGUCAGCUGCCGAGGAUAUUCAGACAUACAGUGAGAAAGAAUGGAAAGGCAACACCACAAAAAGUCUGCUUAUUCGAAAGGGAUAUGAAGCAAUAGCCAAUGAGUUCAAUCUGCGCAGAGUAAGAGGCGAUAACUAUUGUGCGCUAAGGGCAACACUCUUCCAGGUGCUCAGCCAAUCAAAACAGCUUCCCGUCUGGUUACAUGACGCCGACAAGUGGCCAAAACAAAUUCAGUGUGAUCAGGAUUUCAUUAAGGAGUGGCAGUUUCCAUUUGAAUCUAGCAAGAGCAGAGUACAGCAUCUUGAGCAAUGUCUGGAGCUACUGAAGAAAAGGUGGCAAGAGGCUGUCCAGUGUAAAAGUCUUGAGGAGAGGGAGCGUAUGUGCCAGCAGGUGUUCAGAGGUCACGAUGAGGAAUAUGAGCUUCUGGAAGCACUGAAGUUCUUGAUGCUAAGGACUGCUAUUCAGUUGCACUCAGACAUGGAGAAGGGCUCUGAUGUACCAGAGUUCUGUUGGCUUCUUUUCGCUCGUGACUCAUCCAAAUGCCCCAAGACAUUCCUCACCAACCACCUCAGGCAUGUAGGCUUCAGUGGUGGACUGGAACAGGUGGAGAUGUGCCUCUUGGGCUAUUCCAUUCAGCAGAUGUUGCGGGUUGUUCGGCUGUACAAGUGUGACACUGAAGAGUUUAUUACAUACUACCCUAACAACCACAAGAAGGACUGGCCUCUUCUGUGCUUGCUUACAGAAGAUGAUAGACACUACAAUCUACUCGUGCCCAAAAAGUGCUCCAAAUUUGAUGCACAUGGUAGGCCAAGGUGGAAUCCGCCUUCAGAUGGACAAUCAAGCAUAACGACACGUCUUUAAAGAGUAAAUGGCAAUCACACACAAUCUACUGAACUCAGGAGUUACAAUCCUUCUUUUUGUCCACGUAGCUGGUCUUGAGUUUAUGUUUUAUGAAUUUAAAGAUUUGCUUAUUCUGCUACCUAUGUAAUUGUAUGCAUUUCUAAAUAAAUUAUGUGCAAUAGUUUUAUGAGUCAUAGCUGAAGCUCCAGCUAGGAUGUGAGGAAAAUUAAACUGUAAAACUGAACUUGCUUUUCUAGCUUUUUAGGUAUUAAAUUGAGCUGAUUUAGUGUGC